AUGGUGUCCUGGAUGCUCAGCCGGGUGAUCGUGCUGGUCUUCGGGAUGCUGUACCCUGCCUACGCUUCCUACAAGGCUGUGAAGACCAAAAACAUCCGGGAAUAUGUCCGCUGGAUGAUGUACUGGAUCGUCUUUGCACUCUUCAUGGCCACAGAGACCUUCACCGACCUGCUCAUCUCCUGGUUUCCCUUCUACUAUGAGAUUAAGAUGGCCUUCGUCAUCUGGCUCCUCUCCCCCUACACCCGGGGGGCCAGCCUGCUCUACCGCAAAUUCGUGCACCCCACACUGUCCCGCAAAGAGAAGGAGAUCGACACGUACAUCAUCCAGGCCAAGGAGCGCAGCUACGAGACGGUGGUGCGUUUCGGCAAGAGGGGCCUCAACCUGGCAGCCACGGCUGCGGUCCAGGCGGCUGCCAAGAGCCAGGGUGCGCUGGCCGGGCGGCUCCGCAGCUUCAGCAUGCAGGACCUGCGCUCCGUCCCUGACGAGACCCCCGUCCACUACCAGGACCCCCUGUACCUGGAGGAACAGGAGAACCGCAGCCACAUGCCCUUGGCCGGCCGGCAGUAUGAGAGCGAGAUGGAGGAUGAGGAGGUCUGGUCGGACUCUCAGGUCUCCCCCCAGCCUUCGCCCCGUGGCCGAGACCCCAAGCCCUUAUACCGCAGCCAGAGCCUGCGUGCAGUGAAGAAGAAAAUACCGGGAAAAGAGGGCUCUUCCCGGCCCUUGCGCAGCCGGACCAGGAAGAAAGCGGCUCCAUCGGAGCAGGACAGCUAA